AUGGCUUUCGGAGUUUCAAUAUCAGUCUAUAUCUUAUUCAAUGCUGUGACAGCAUUGACUGAAGAGGCAGCCAGGACUGUAACACCCCCAAUCACAACCCAGCAAAGUAACUGGACCGUUAACAAAACAGAAGAAGGACCCAUAGCGUUGAGGUUCUCACAUACUUGCUUGGAAGACCACCAUAGUUACUGCAUCAAUGGUGUUUGUGCAUUCCACCAUGAGCUGGAGAAAGCCAUCUGCAGGUGUUUUACUGGUUAUACUGGAGAAAGGUGUGAGCACUUGACCUUAACUUCAUAUGCUGUGGAUUCUUAUGAAAAAUACAUUGCAAUUGGGAUUGGCGUUGGAUUAUUAUUAAGUAGUUUUCUUGUUAUUUUUUACUGCUACAUAAGAAAGAGGUGUCUAAAACUGAAAUCACCUUACAACGUCUGUUCCGGAGGAAGACCACUAUGA